AUGACGGAUCACUUACCCGAAGACGUGAUAGUUGAAAUACUGAAGAGGUUGCCCACCAAAUCCCUAAUCCGCUUCACCUCUGUUUCCAAAAGCUGGCGCUCCAUCAUACUAUACGACCCCAAAUUUGCGAAAUCCCAGUUCCAAUUACAAACCGUCCGUCACAGCAGGAUCCUCAUCUCUAACCCCGAUGAACCUGAACUCGAAUCCCGAGACUCCUUUUCGUCGUUUGGAGACGAUUCUUCAGUGAGAAAGUUAAUUAGGUGCCCGUUCAUUCGAUCUGUGCACAGGUUAUAUGGCCGUGGUGUCAACUUACUUGGCUCCUGCAAUGGUUUGGUAUGUGCACAGCUUGAUCAUCAUGAUUACCAUAUCUACAUAUGGAAUCCAUCAACUGGCUUCUUCUAUGAAUUACCAGAACCGGUUGGUUUCCCCCCAAGGCACUUGUUUCUACUCUACUAUGGUUUUGGCUAUUUGUCGGCCUCUGACGACUACAAAGUAUUCACCAAAUUUUAUGAUGAUGAUGGUCUUCUGAUCUUCUCAUCCAAAGCCAACAUUUGGAAAAGAACGGAUGCCCCAGCCCCUCUUGAGUAUUACCCUUAUCAGGGGAUUCUUUCAAAUGAGGCACUCCAUUGGUUGCACCAUCGUAAUGGCAUAUGUGCUUUUGAUCUAGCAAAGGAGGAGUUCUGA